UGCCAGGCAUCUUUUUCCCAGAUCUCUUGAGAAUAGAUUCUUGAGAAACAAAUUUUUAUUCUGAAUACCCUGCUAAUGGGAUAACAAUGAGAAUCACCAUUUGAAAUACUUAAACAAGCCUUCCAAGUUUUUGGAAGUUCUCUGCUACUAUAGAUCAUAGCUGAUGGUUUCUAAAACUUUGCAAGCCAAUUACUUUGUCCUGACCCCUUGAGGACACCCCAGCUAAGGUAGAGAGCACAAGAAAGAACUCCAGGCAAUGGUGAACUGGAAAUGUUCUUAAUUUCUUGGAGAAAAACAAAAUACUAUGGUGGUAAUUUAAAGGGAAUGAAUUGGAGUGACAAGGAGAAAUUAACUGAAUUACAUUUUCUGCAUAAACAAGUAAGUAGCAAGGAACAUUUACAUCAUCUGAAGCUAAGUUACUGCUUGAAUGGGUGCUACCUUUGAAAAUUAUAGCAGUUCUUUGGGUAUGCUGUAUAUGCUACUAUUUACUACAUUACUAUUCUAUCCUAAUUAUAGUUAAAGUAAAUCCUUUUAGCACUUAGAGAAUCUGACUUAAAAGUGUAAGAAUGAGAUUUCUUCAUGGAUCUGAAAGUGUCCUGGAUCAUAGAUGAGUUCAUGGUUUUUCUGAGUUAUUAAAGAUAAAUAUUAAAGAGUAUUCACUGAUAAGAAAAACAGAUUUGUUGAUUUAAUGAGUAGCUUAUAAUCUUGUGUUUAUGUCUCCCAAAGGAUUUCUGUGAAAUAGUUCUUUUCACUUAAAUUCAAAAAUGACUAAUUUCAUACAGUAUUUUGUGGUGAAUAAGAAAAAUCCACACAAAAACAGAGUGUUAGAAAUUCUUUAAAUUUGACCUUCCUCAAAUCCUAGAACACUGCAUUACAACUGCAGUCUAUAUGAGAAAAAUUCUCAGAGUGGUAAUGCUUAGAGAUUACACUGAUACUAAAACGUCAACUUCACUGGUUUGAAUUUGAAUUUCAUCAUUCAUGCCAGCCUCUGGAAGAAUGGACUUUUAAGCAAUCAAGUGGCCCAAAGUUAGUAACAGAAAAAUGAGGACACAUAUAAUCCUCAGCCUGAGUAAUCCAAGCCUGCAGGCAGCAUUUGAGCAAAGUGGAGAAGUCAGUCACUCAUGCUGUCCUUCUCUAGACCACGCAACCACUGCUAGAGGGCAAAAGAUGGGACAUCUGCUGUGAAAGUCACAUCCACUUUGGCAACAAUUGUUUUCUUCCUCUCAAGCCUGAUAUAAGAGCAGUUAGCUAUUUCAGAGUACUUAUUUGAUAUGUCCAUGAAGUGGUCAUUAUCUCAUCCUACAAAGAGGAUAAUCAGUGAUUUAUAGAGUAUUGGGGUUCUGGUGAUGAAAAUUCUUGGGAGUUUAGAUGUUCGACUUUAGAGAAGUAAACAAUAAUAUUGAUUCACCCAACAAAAGGUGUCCUUUAGGCUAUUUUCCCUGUUGGUAAUAGAUUAUUUUAGCCAUCCCAUUCUUGUGUCAAGAUUGCUCAUGAGCAAGAACCUCAUUUGUAGCUGACCAUUUGUAGCUGACCUCAUUUGUAUGACCAGAGAUUGAUUCUAUUAAGUUGGAACUAUGACCUUCUCGGGGGAAACCAGCUGGGAAUGAACUUAUGUCCACAGGUGACAACACUGUUUUCUAGCAAAGAUAACAUCAUUCCCUCUCCAAGUGGUCAUUACGUUAUGUUCCUUUCUGCUUUGGGUACAAAAUCAUCACAAAAAGAAGCAGUGAUGUUCUAAGCACAUGUCCUAACUUUUUAAGUAGUCCAUGAUAUGCGUCUAGAUCUCUUUGGAGAAAAACAUGAGACCAUGAAUGUACAAGCAGAUCUGGACUUGAUGAUUAUCUGUAAAACAGUCCAUGGAGAAAUUACCUAACUUCCAGAGUUGCUGAGGGGACUAAAUGGGAGAAUGCAGGUGUGUCAAUGAGGAAAACAGGAAGCAGAAAUCAUGCUAGAUAGUUCAAGCAGAUUCAAGCAGGGGAUUGCAGAUAAGGAGUUAAGUGCUUAUGAAACUAUUGGAAAUUUCAGACAUUAGAAAUCAGAAGCUAUUAGGUCCAAGGACACACCAGUAUAGCUGCAAUCCAGAGGUUUUAGACCCCAGGAACCACCACAGUUCUCUGUAAGCACCAACAAAGCCAUGAUGAAGAUACUGAAACACUGAACACAGCUGCCUCACUGCUUCUCAUUCUAAGGAGGAGCUGUAGAAGUAGGGCAAUGGUCUCUUGCUUGCUUCUUCCUUCCAGGUUUCUCACAAGCAUGUAAUACACACCUAGAAUGCUGCUACACACUGUAAUCUAGGGAACAUGAUUUUAAGUUUUUCAACCUCUCCAGCUAGAAAGAGGGUAGAAUGGAAAUUGGGAAAAUCAAGUCACAUUAUUUACCAUAGCAGGGAAGUACUUAACCCCAUACUUGCUGAAUUCUAAUUAUGUUACUGCUGCUUUUGAUAUUAAAUAUAACAUAGUACUUUGAACCCUGGUGUCUUGGUCCUCAUUUCCUAGAGUUCUUUUGACAAGUUGAUUUUUAAUGACACCCAGAUGACUGAGGAGUUUUUCCUCUCCCAAGACUUAAAGUCAGCUAUUGGCUUGGGAGGCUCUGGUGAUUUGUUUGACACUGCUGCCAAAGCUUUCAGGGCACAAGUCAUGACCAGGUUGCCCAUGGAACAUACACAUUUACUUGGGGAUACCCCUCAUUAGCAGGUAAAAUCGAGAAUCUCAGUUAGUAGUUCCAGAGGAGAAACAGUUUGGUCUAUAACCUAUAGAAUUGUUUUGUCCAAUAUGAUAGCCUCUAAAUACAUGUGGCAAUUUAAAUUAGUUAAAAUUAAAAUUAGAAAUUUUCAAUAGCCACAUGUGUUAGUGGCUACCAUAAUGGACGGUGCAGAUAUAGAAUAUUUCCAUCAAUUGCAGAAAGUUCUGUUGGACCGCACUGCUAGAAUGUGUCUUCACGUGUAGAUCAGAACUUACACGUGUAUCUCUAAACUGUACAAUCUUUGUAAUUUUUUUACAAUAUUAAUGACAUCAAGUAUCAUUUUAGGACCCCAGUCCUUUCCCAGUCUGCAUCUAUAGUCUAGCACUUUUACAUGACACCGAAAGCUUCCCUUUGUGUUUGGCAAGGAAAGUUGGUGAUAGCUAUUUGAUACCUCAGUGAUUGGUUGGCUGUUAUCAAAAGUUGGUUAUUCCCGGAUGGGCCAAUUUGGCAUAGAUCCACUAGGAAUCAUCAAAGCCAGACAUAGGCAAGACAGGAUCCUUUGAUUACAUGUUCUUUUUUUUUUUUUUUAACUUAACUCCCUCCAGACAGCAGCUUCUUCCUGAUUCUAACAUUCUGUAUGCCUUUGAGGUUUGAUGUUCUACCUUGAAGCUUUGAAAUAAUUCAUUUAAAAACUUGGCCUUGAGCUCCCAACCUGUUAGUGGACAAAACACAUGCUUUGGGUUGGGUGAUCACUGUAGCCUGCACUAUAGUGCAGCAUUAACUUACAGAUAAAAUAAACCUAUGCUUGCAUCAUUUGUUGAGGCUACCAUACUGUGAUUCUGAGUCCUGUGUAUAGGAACUUUUAUGGCCAAUGUCACUAACAUUGAUUCUGUACCUACAAGCUUCCAUCUCCACCUUCUGUCUUUGGCAAGCACAGAUGUGUUGGGAUAAUAUCCCAAGUUUGGACUGCCUGGUGAGGAACUGGAGUGGAGAGAGAUCUACUGUUGAGCUUCUGCAAAAAGCCUGAGUGAGACCAUUGAAAAUGAAUGAACUAUUCAUGCUGCUUUCUUCUCCAGGUUCUGUAAUUCUCUUAUAUCAAGUCAGAUGACAACAAAACUACAUAUGUUAUUGUUUGGCUCACCAUAGAAAUACUUUCACCACCCUAGCAUUUUACAAUAUGUAUUUAGCUUUCUUAAAAGUGGCUGUACGUAAAAGUGUCCUGCUUUGGUUAAAAAAAUAUAUCAAAGACCUCAUUUACUGCGUUAUUCAGUGGCUUCUUACAUAAAGACUUGGGAGGUAAAUCCCUCCUAUAAUUCAGUACCAGGGCAAAAGUUGUCUUUACAUAUGAACUUGUAUGCUACCUCUUUCAAAUGUUGAGAGUUGUCCAAUUCAUUAAAAUCUUUUUGCCUUGGCUCUGAGGAUGUUCUUAAAAAAAAAAAAAAAAAAUGUGUUCACUUGCAGUAGUUCUCCAAGCCUAGAUUUUCUGGUAUAAUAUUUAUCCCCCACCCUGCCAUAUCACUUAUUAUUAUACCUUCCUAUAUUUAAGAGCUUUGGGUUUUGUUAUUGUUGUUUUGUUUUAGUAAUUUUUUAUUCUAUUCUCUUAUCUUUGGGCAUAGAAUAAACAUCAAUAAACCAGUGAGUAACAACUUGGAUAUGAAUAGUCACCUGUGGAGACUUUUAAAAUGUACGUGUCUGGAGCUUAUCUCACAACUAGUGAAUCAGAAUCUCUGGGGCCAGGACUGGAGUAUGUAUGUGUACGUGGAGUAUUCUUUUAAAUAUCAACAGGUAAUUCUGACAUGUUCUUUUGGUUAAGAGCCAUUGAAGCAACUCAAUGAAUGGUGUGAUAACAAGCUGAAAAUUAAGUGGUUAACAAAUUGAGUCAUAGCUGGCCCGUGUGAGAUGCCAGGUCAAGCAAGUGGUAAGGGUUGCUUACAGGACUUCCAAGAUAAAAGGGAUAUAGUUGCUGUAAAGUCAUGAUUCAAGGGCAGUUGACUUCAUUCAUUUGUCCAUUCUAGCUAUGUGCCAGGCACUGUGAUUGGCCCUGAGGAUGCCAAAAUGGUACAGUUCCCUGCAUCUAAGCUGCUUAUAGUCUAGUGGGACUAUCAGACAUAUAGAUAAUGACUGAACAUUAUAAUAAAUACAGAUAUGGAUACAUGCUCAAAGCAUCAUGGAAGCCCAAAGAAAAACCAUCUGGCCAAAUCUUUGAGUGAAGAGGUCAAUGAAGGCUUCCUGGAGGAAACAUCUAGAGAUCUGGAUCUCAAAGGAUGACUAGGAGUUUUCUAGAUGAAUGGUUUUCCCAGAAGAGGGACCAGCAGUUUGUGGGAGAUGCACACUGUGUAAAUAGCAUCUGUUUCUGCACAAAAAAUUUCCUCCAAACUGAGUGACUUAAAACAACAAAUACUUACUAUCUCAUUAUUUCUUUGGUUCAGGAAUUUGGAAGUGGCUUGGCUGAGGGGUUCUAGCUAGAGGUCUGUUAUUUGGUUGCAGUCAUCUGAAGACUUAACUGGGACUGGAGGAUCUACUUCCAAAUGGUUCACUCAUGUGACUGUUGGCAAGAAGCCCCAGUCCUUUACCGUGUGGGUUUCUUGAUAUGCCUGCCCACAUGUCCUCAUGACAUGACAGUUGGCUUCUCCCAGAGCAAAUGAUCCAAAAGAGUACAAGGAAAAAGCCAAAACAUCUUUUAUGACCUGAUCUUUGAAGUCACACAAAAUUCUGGUGAUUACACAGGUCAUCUUAUGCAACAUGGGAGGGGAGACCACACCAGGGUAGAAGACAGGAUGUAAUAUCUUGUUGCGAUCACUGUAGAACCUGGCUACCAUACAAGGACAUCAAGCUUAAGAUGGAGGAGUGGCAAAAGAAUCUGGCAAGGUGCUAGGCCCAACCAAUCAUGAAGGAGCCCAAAGGCCAUCAUUAAGAAGCUGAAACUUUAUUUAGUAGGCAAUGUGGAGCCACUGUAGGAAUGGUAAGAAGAGAAUUUGAUGGGUUCAGAUUUACAUUUCAGAAAGACCUCUUGGACAAUAUGAAGAGAUGAAGAGUUUGGAACAGAAGGGGGACAGCUGCAACCUUCAUGGACUGUGGAAUCUCCCUGAGCCUUGCCCAAGAGAAAAUUGCAGAUUUGUUGUUUAUAAGCCCUCUGGAUAUCCUGUGUUGCUGAGCUUAUUGUCUUACUUCUGUGUCCUUAAUGAAGCCAUCAAACUUACCCAGCUUCCUCCUGAUCUUGGCACUGACCGAAGCACUGGUAUUUGCCACCCAGGAACCAUCUCCCAGAGAAUCUCUUCAGGUUCUCCCCUCAGGCACCACCCCAGGCACCAUGGUGACAGAAUCCCUCAGCUCUACCAGACACUCAUCCAUGGCAACUGCACCCACUUCUGUGGUGACACUGACCCCCUAUCCUGAUGGACCCUCCUCACAGGCUGCAGCUCCCAUGGCAAUGACAGCACCCCAUCCAGAUGGACACCCUCCUACAAACACCAUCUCCACCAUUAUGGCGACAGCAACCACCCCACAUUCUGAAGGCCCACUGCCCACAGGGCCCCUUCCUACUGCCAUGGCAACCACAUCCUCCCCCUCAGAGGGCCGCCCCCAGGGAGAAGCUGCACCCACCAUCCUGCUGACAAAGCCAACAGGAGCCAGCAGCCGUCCCACCACAGCACCCACCCGGGCUACCACGCGCAGGCCUCCCAGGCCCCCAGGCUCUUCCCGAAAGGGGGCCGGCAGUUCAUCACGCUCUGUCCUGCCUGCACCCAGUGGCCACUCUGGGAGGAAGGAAGGCCAGCGGGGACGAAAUCAGAGCUCCACACAUCUGGGGCAGAAGAGGCCCCUAGGGAAGAUCUUUCAGAUCUACAAAGGCAACUUUACAGGGUCUGUAGAAACUGACCCCUCCACCCUCACCCCCAGGAACCCACUCUGGGGUUCUUCUUCCUCACCACAGCCCCAGACAGUGACCACAACCAUGGCGCCCAGCAGGACCUCGUGGGCACCACCCACCAACCCCCUUGUGCCUGCAGAGGACAAGCCAGGCCUUAGCAGAGCAGACCAGGGGGGUGGUUCCACUUUCACCAGCCAAGGAGAGGAGCCGGACACCACAGUAGCCUCAGGUGCCCCUGCCAGCCCACAACCUGCCCCAGUGCCUUCUCAGCGCCCCCGCGGUGACCCACAGGAUGGCCCCAGCCACAGUGACUCCUGGCUUACUGUCACCCCUGGCACCGACAGACCUCCAUCUACCAGCUCUGGGGUCUUCACAGCCACCGCGGGGCCCACCCAGGCUGCCUUCAAUGCCAGUGUCUCAGCCCCUUCCAAGGGGAUUCCUCAGGGAACAUCCUCAACCUCGCAGGCCCCAGCCCACCCCACCGGGGGCUCAGAAAGCACUGUUUUCCAAGCCAAGGAGGAGGCUACAGCCACCCCCACCAUGACCAACAGGGUGCCCAGUCCUCUCUCCACAGUGGUGUCCACGGCCACAGGAAACUUCCUCAACCGCCUGGUUCCUGCUGGGACCUGGAAGCCUGGAACAGCAGGGAAUAUCUCCCAUGUGGCUGAAGGGGACAAACCCCAGCACAGAGCCACCAUCUGCCUGAGCAAGAUGGACAUCGCCUGGGUGAUCCUGGCCAUCAGUGUGCCCAUCUCCUCCUGCUCCGUCUUGCUGACAGUGUGCUGCCUGAGGAGGAAGAAAAAGACGGCCAACCCAGAGAACAAUCUGAGCUACUGGAACAAUGCCAUCACCAUGGACUACUUCAACAAGCAUGCUGUGGAGUUACCAAGGGAGAUCCAGUCCCUUGAAACCUCUGAGGACCAGCUCUCAGAGCCCCGCUCCCCAGCCAACGGCGACUACAGAGACACUGGGAUGGUCCUUGUUAACCCCUUCUGCCAGGAAACACUAUUUGUGGGAAAUGAUCAAGUGUCGGAGAUCUAACAGCAGCAACCCUUGCUUUGCCGUUCCCUACCAUUCGUCUCUAAAUUAUAAAUAUACAAAUAUAUAUUAUAAAUAUAACCUUUGUGUAACCCUGACUUAAUGAGAAACAUUUUCAGCUUUUUCUCCCCCUAAGAAUUGUCAACAUCUUUUUUACAAGUGUGGUUUAAAAAAAAAAAAACUUUACAGAACGAUCCGUGGCUUUAUAAAAUAAAGGUAUUUCUAAGCAAA